GGUUCGCCCUGUGAUCAUUUUAAUAACCUCACCAUCUUCUCCAUUACGCAAUUCUGAAUUAAUUGAUUCUUCGCGUUAUAAAGUAACUUUCAGAGACGAAUUUGUAGAGACAGGCUUUGAAUCGCCCUGUGAUCAUUUUAACAACCCCACCAUCUUCCGAACGGCCCUGUGCCUGUCUACCGUCACGAGAACGGGCACCGAGUACGUUUUUCUGCCCGAGGAUGGCCGCAAUGCUGUCCAACUGUUCGCGGAUUGUACCGCGGACCCUUUCACGUUUAACUGUCUCUCAAACAAGGAUCGUGAGGUCUUUGCAUCGUGAAGGACGUGUCUUGCUGCUUCAAACCAAAAGUGUAGUGGAGAAAGCAACUCCUUUACAUGUCAAACAUAAUGUGGCUCAUUGCUGGAAAAUCCAAACAAGGCAGAUUCGCGCUACUCCGUCACUAUGGGAGAUCCGAGAAGUAGUAGUACCUCCAUUUGCUGAAAGUGUGAGCGAAGGAGAUGUCAGGUGGGAGAAGAAAGUCGGGGACCAAGUCAAAGAAGAUGACGUUCUUUGUGAAAUUGAAACUGACAAAACAUCUGUACCUGUCCCAUCUCCUGGCACUGGAGUAAUCAAGGAACUCUUUGCUAAGGAUGGUGACACUGUGAAACCAGGUCAAAAGCUAUGUACUAUCGACAUCGGCGCAAGUGGUGGUGCUGCACCAGCUGCCAAAGCAGAAGCUCCUACAGCUGCUGCACCAAAGCCAACACCACCUCCACCUCCAUCUCCCUCAGCAAAACCUGCAACCGCAGCGCGUCCUCCACCUCCACCUCCACCACCACCACCACCUCCACCACCAGCUUCUCGUCCACCAGCUCCACAAGCACCUGUGACCUCUAUGCCGGUUGCUGCCAUUAAACACGCGCAGUCCUUAGAAAGCGCGAAGGUUCAGUUGCCCCCACAAGAUUACUCUCGUGAAAUCAUUGGUACUAGGACGGAACAACGAGUUAAAAUGAACAGAAUGCGUUUGCGCAUCGCCGAAAGACUUAAGGAGGCUCAGAACACAAACGCGAUGCUCACGACUUUCAAUGAAAUCGACAUGAGCCGUAUCAUAGAAUUCCGCAAAACGAACCAGGAAGCCUUCACGAAGAAGUAUGGAUUGAAGUUAGGUUUCAUGAGUCCAUUCAUCGCAGCAAGUGCCUACGCCCUCAAGGACCAGCCGGUCGUCAACGCAGUCAUCGACGGAGGUGACAUAGUCUACAGGGAUUAUGUGGACGUUAGUGUCGCGGUGGCUACUCCAAAAGGUCUCGUGGUACCUGUACUCCGUAGCGUGGAGAACAAAAAUUAUGCCGAGAUCGAAAUCGCCUUGGCUGCCAUGGGCGAUAAAGCCAGGAAAGGUAAGAUCUCUGUCGAGGACAUGGACGGCGGAACUUUCACCAUUAGCAACGGCGGAGUCUUUGGCUCUCUCUUCGGCACACCCAUCAUAAAUCCACCUCAAAGUGCCAUCCUUGGUAUGCACGGAGUCUUCGACAGACCAAUAGCAGUCAAGGGCCAGGUUGUGAUCCGCCCAAUGAUGUACGUAGCCCUGACUUACGAUCAUAGAUUAAUCGACGGCCGUGAGGCCGUGAUGUUCCUACGCAAAAUUAAGGAAGCCGUCGAGGAUCCUAGAGUUAUUUUAGCCGGGCUUUAAGCACCGCGAACGACCUUAUCGCAUCAUUACGAAAACACGCCUCCCAUUAUCCUCCGUGACUUUUGUACGAUAUCUUGUAUUAUAUUACGUUCACCGAGUGUGUCGCGUAUCAAACUCAUCCACUGUGCAUCGUUACGUUUCUUCAGAUGUUUUUUCUUGUCUUCUCGAAUCACAACGUCCGCAGUUACUUAAACAAAAAUAGUCACGGACGUUCUCACAAGUGGACAAGUUUUAGAUUCAUUUUUAUCCUUUUUUUUUAAACAAAUAUAUUGUUCCUCACAUUAUUCGGAUGUUUAACUGCAUAUUGCUCUUAAAAUCCUUUUGUGGGAUCUCGAAUCCGCUCGUUAUUUUUUUUUUAAUGAGAUUACAUCGUCGAAUAAAAUCCAGCUGAAAAUUAUUACUAAAUUGAAAAAUUUUCUAAGUACGCUACUCGCUGGUCAUUAAACGAGGUCCGAUAUAUUGAGGGUGUUCUAUUAGUUCAACAUCGCUGCACAUGAAAAUCCGCUAUCGACUAUGAACGCUUGUAAAUAAUGUAAGAAAGUUGUACUCUGUAAUCAACCUAGACGGAGGAUAUGUCGAAGAUGUAAUGACGUUAAGCGUUCAUCCAGCGAUGGUCGUAUCGAAUUCCUCAUGAAAUCAGUACAGCCCCGUGAAUGAUAUCCUGACGAAAUUGAGAAAAUGACUAUUGUAAGUCACCAUUGUUAACAUUGUGUUAAUUGGAGAAACAACGCGAGUCUGUCACAUGUCUGACGAUUAUCAACAACAAGAAGUCCACGCGUUCCUUCAGAGGAAAAAAAUUCUCAAAAUCGUGACUCCUGAUCGGAAUAUAAUUUGAAAUAAGUUUAGUCGCGAUUAAAUCUUGAACCGACGUAAGAAAGUCGUACGAGGAGUAUUUGUAGUAAAUGAAAUUUCGCAAUAGUUUCUAUUUAUUGAAGGUUGGCCGCGACGUUUUUACCAAGGACGUCCCGGGGAAGCGAAUAUUGAUCUAAGCUAGAAGCCGAUAAUUAUCGCAAUUAGUUGUACCUUAAAGUAACAAUAAAAUUACACCACAUCAUA